AUCUUCUGGUAACAGUCCCCGCUACAAAUGGCGCAUUUGAGAUGGUUCUUGAUAGACUACAACAACCAUCUGGCUGUGCCACUGGCUUGAUCACCUCCUUUGACCCAUGCGACAUGCAGGGUCGGACUCGUAAGGCAUCCAGGCAACAGCAAUUCACCCCAAAUAUGUUUAGUCUCGGCAGCCGUCGAACUCUUCUCACAACACGUUGAACAGUAAAAGUCGGGUCGGCAGAUCUCUGCGUACUCCACCGGUCAGGCUACCUGUCUCUUCGGCCCAAACCCCCAGGCUGCCACUGUGCACGCCGGAGCCGGAAUUUCAAUGCCGCGAAGGCCUCACAAAAAGUCUCGGAACGGCUGUGUAGCCUGCAAAAGACGACACAUCAAGUGUGAUGAACAUCGCCCCCGAUGCGUCAAUUGCCAGACCGCCGGGCUGGAUUGCAAUUUUGCUUCAGGCACAACCCCGUCAACGACGACUGCCACAGACACGGAAACCGUUACUGCCAGUCCGUCCGAGACCUCGACUCCAGACCAGCGACCACAAGGUCCGGAUCAAUACCAUAUCGUACCAGUGUUCACGCCUUCUGGAUCAUUUGAUCCGAAUCUAAAUAUGGAGCAUCUGGAGCUCUUGCACCAGUUCCUUACUUCCACGUACAGCACAUUCAAUGCCGAACGUUCUGUUCAGCAUAUAUGGCAAGGAGUGGUAGUCCGUAUGGCCUUUUCGUUCCCUUUCCUCAUGCACGAGCUUCUGGCAAUCUCCGCUCUACACCUCGCGCACUGUAAGCCUGAGAACGCCUCGUGGUACCAUACCGUAUCUACGGAACUACAGACGCUAGCUCUCAACAAGUUCAACAGCGUGGAGAGAGACAUCAACGCCUCCAACUGUGCUGCCGUUCUCAUCUUUACAAUGCUUCUUGCAGUUCAUAUCCUCGCCGACCCCUCUCGCACCGCAGGCCUGGAUUCCAACCAGUAUCUCGACCACGUCAUCAACUGUGUCAUGCUCAUGCGUAAUGUCCCCAAACUCAUCAUCCAAGAUUGGUAUGAGUAUCUGAAAGAGACCGAACUCAAACCAAUGUUCAAGGUCCAGCCGCCUCCAACACCUUACCGAAUCCCUCAGCCUUGCCUCGAUUUGUCCAAGUUGACCAUGAGUCCGGAUCUGGGGGAUCAAACCAGGGUCGCAUACGAAACAGCGAUCGAGAGACUGCAUUGGGUGUUUGCGGUAUCCAAUGUUCUCGAGCAAAGACACACAACCAUCCGCUGGUUACUAGCUUGGCCCGUACAACUCAAAGGCCCUUUCCUCGAAAGUCUAAAUCAGCGCAGACCAGAAGCUCUGAUCAUCCUGGCAUACUUUGCCGCCUUGAUGACGUUUUACAGAGAAUGUUGGGCCGUAGGGGAUUCUGGUUCCCUUCUGAUUCAAGCCAUAUCCUCACACCUAGGUCCUCACUGGUCGGAAUGGAUGGAGUGGCCAAUGUCGUUAGCUGUUGCAGAAAAUGGAGGCUAGAUUUAGCAUUGCAUCUAACAUACUGCCCACUGUAAGUGAGAGGUGUUAUCUUGGGUAAAGUAUGGUUUGUUUUGUUUUCCAGGUUUGUGCCCACUUCUAUUACCCGAGUGUCUAAACGCCUUGGGCGAUAAAUGUUGAGCAUUCCUGACACGAAUCAAGCGAUAAACAGUACCGCUGGACUAUACAUCAGGCCUCACUGUACCUGAAC